GAUGCUACAUAUACUUCAAACUAUGCUCCCUUCAUCUUCUCUUCCGUAUUUGCUCUCUCUUGUAUUCAACUGUACAACAUUAAAAAAACGCUAAAAAUGGAGCAAACCUUCAUCAUGAUCAAACCUGAUGGGGUCCAGAGGGGCCUUGUUGGUGAGAUUAUCAGCAGAUUUGAGAAGAAAGGUUUCUCCCUCAAAGGUUUGCAGCUUAAGACUGUGGAGCGAUCCUUUGCUGAGAAGCAUUACGCAGAUUUGUCUGCCAAGCCUUUCUUUAGUGGACUUGUGGACUACAUUAUCUCUGGCCCUGUUGUUGCUAUGGUUUGGGAGGGUAAGAGUGUUGUAACUACUGGCCGCACAAUUAUUGGAGCUACCAACCCUGCUCAAUCUGCUCCCGGAACUAUCCGUGGCGAUUUUGCCAUUGACAUUGGAAGGAAUGUCAUUCAUGGAAGUGACUCAACUGAGAGUGCUAGGAAGGAAAUUGCUCUUUGGUUCCCUGAGGGCCCUGUGAGCUGGGAAAGCAGUCUUAACCCAUGGAUCUAUGAGUAAACUAUCGGCUGCUGAAUUCUUGUGUGCUGCCAGUAAUUUAUUUAUCCUAUUUAUAAUGUUUGCUUAUCCGUGAACUUAGGAAGUUUCUUAUUCUAAUAUGCUAAGAACGACCUAUGUAGGUCUUAGCUUUUGAUGAGAAAAAUGAGAAUUACUUAUAAAGUUAUUGGUGUGAUUGUCCUUUCA